AUGGGCUCUGCGCCACCACCGCUGCACCGCACGUCUGAGCCGCCCCCGCCCUCCCACACCCAGCCCUCCACACCCCUGCUCUUCGCCCCGCCUCCCCCCCUCCCACCCACCAUGCAACUCGCCCCGCCCUCCCAGCCCGUGCAGCAGCAGUUGCAAGGGCAGCACAAGAGAGGCUCAGGGCUGGGGCUGGUGCACAAAGGGGAUGAGGGAGAGAGUGAGGAUGGGCAGGGGGAGGGGCAAGGAGAGGGGCGGGAGGAGGUGAGUGGGUUUGGCGCGAGCUGCCUGUCCCCGCCGGGCAGCAUUGGCCGCUGGACGCUGCAGGGUAAGCCGCCCCCGCCCAUGGCCCUCUUUAUGGACGGGGGGAGUGGCGUGACGUCCGCACGGGAUAGUUUGGCAUCAGGAAGAGGCAGUGCCACGUCAGCGAGGGGCGGAGGGGAGGUGCAGCAUGUGGGUGCGUUGCAGUCGCUGUGUGGCAGUGUGCGGGCGAGCAGGGCAGGGGAGACUGCCAGCAAACACCGAUAUGUGAGCACACCGGGUCCCACCUCUCCCACACCGGGUCCCACCUCUCCCUCUCCUCCCCACCUCUCCCUCUCCUCCCCACCUCUCCCUCUCCUCCCCACCUCUCCCUCUCCUCCCACCUCUCCCUCUCCUUCCCACUUCCCCAUCUCCUCCCCACCUCUCCCUCUCCUCUCCACCUCUCCCUCUCCUCCCCACCUCUUCCUCUCCUCUCCGCUGCCCCUCCUUCCCUUGCUCCCAACCUGUCCCUCUCAAUUCCACCUGUCCCUCUCAUUUCCACCAAUCCUUCUGCUUCCCAUCGUUCAUUUGUCACUCUCCUACUCCUUCAGACCCACACCUCCCUCACUCUGCCUCCUCAAACUCUGCUCCAUCCCCCCAUCCCGCAUCCCCCCAUCCCGCAUCCCCCCAUCCCGCAUCCCCCCAUUCCCCCAUCCCCCCAUUUCCCCAUCCCCCCAUCCCCCAUCCCGCCAUCCGCCCACCCCCCAGGCGUCCCCCAUCCGCGCGGAGGACCUGGAGUGCCCGGUGCCGCUGGCAGCGCUGGCGAGGAGUCUGCAGCACACGCCGCUCAGUGGGGACGAGGUCGACGUGCUUCCCCCGCCCUCGCCCCACCGCACCUCUUGCACUCCCAGCGGCGCCCAGGGCACCGGUGGCAGCAGCAGCACUGCUCUCACCGCGUCCACAGCAGCCAGCAGCACGAGCGGCAACAGCGGGUCUCCUUCCCCUCACAUGAGUGGCUGCAUGGAUUGUGGGCGGUGGAGCAUGCACCACAACCCCAUGGCUGCCCGCGGCCUCACAUGUGAGGCGCCUCCCAGCAGGUUCGGUGUGCCUGGAGUUACUGCGAGUGGGGAACACGUGGCAGAGAGUGCUGUGGUCAAACCUGCACCUGCCACUACCACUGAACCUGCUGAUGCUGAUGAUGCUGUCACUGGUGGUGCAGGCGAGGGCGCGUGGGAGGAGGAGGUGCAGCAGGAGGUGAGGGUGCUGGAGGCGAGUGAGAGGGAGCAGCAGCAGGCCGUGGCACAGCUGGAGCAGUACGUGGAGGAGGUGGGGGAGGGGAGGGGCGAGGAGAGGGAGGGAGGUGCAUGCGUUGAGGAGGUGGAGGGAGGAGAGGAGUGUGGAGGGAGAGGCAAUGCGGUGGGGGCUGGCACAGAGGGGAGGGAGGACGCAGAGGGGAAGGGAAAGGGCCAAGGGCAGGAGUGUGAAUCAGUGAGUGAGGCAGUGGGGGUUGGGGCGAAGUUGAGGCAAGGAGGGAGCAGCGAGGCGUGCAGCGGUGGUGAGGCGCGUGCUGUGCGUGCGAGUGUGAGUGGCGGUGGUGGCGGGAUGAGCAGCGGUCACAGCAGACAGGCCGAGCGACAAGUGGGGAAGGGAGAGAUCUGUGACGGGGAAUGGAGCCGCGAGACCACUGCUGGGGACUGCGACACGGAUGGGGGUGAGGGGGAGGACGGAGAGGAGGGGGGAGGUGAGGUGGUGGAGGGGAGGGGAGUGAGGGCGUGGGUGGUGGCGACGGUGACAGCAUUGGAGAGGGCGGUGGAGGGGGUGUUGCAGAUGGUGCUGCUGGCUGCCGUGGUGCUGCUGCUGGCCGUGCUGGGGGGCAGGCUGGCAGCCGUGGUGCACACUGAGGGUGGCGAUGUCCAUGACUUCGUGCCCACCUAG